UAUAUAGCACGAGUUUCUGAAUUGAUAUAAUCGUAUCGUUGAAAAUAUACAAGUAGUAUAAUAUAAUCGAUGUACGAUUUGAUUCUUUCUUAUAAAGACGAAAAUAGCCUGACGGGGAAAACGCAAAAUAUAUUGUCAUUUCUGGACUGUUACAGUAUUAACUUGUAGGUGAUCCCACCGUGUUGGCAGCCAUGGCACAUCCAGAAUCCCAUUCAGUGUUUGACUGCCACCAAGAACCUUCUUUGCUGGAGGGGCUGCAGGAGGUCACUGACACCCAAGGACCUGCCAUGCCUACCAAUGCCAUCUCUCCUAAUACAGAUGAAAAACUUUUAGCAGAUAGCAGUAAGGGUCCGACUGUAACUAUCGUCGAGGUAUCUGACAGGAUGUUUUGCUCUGCCUGCCAGUGCCCUUUUGAGAGCCGGGAAGAGCAGACAGAACAUUACAGACUGGAUUGGCACCGGUUUAACCUGCGGCAGCGGCUUUUGGGGGCACAGCCCACCACUGCAGAGGAGUUUGAGAGCCGGACUGGAGCAGGUGACCUGUCCAGUAUCUCUGGGUCAGACUCUGAAGAUGAAGGCUCUGACAGUGACUGGGGUUACCGUGGUGAUCGGGACAGUGGCUCAGCUGGGACAGACAGUCCUCCUGACAGCGAGGUGUCGACUGGGCGCAUUUCCUGCAGAGUCCUCUUCAGUAACUCCAAGGGGCAGUAUCUGUCUGUCUACCGCUGCAUACUGUGCAGCAAGAAGAUGGAGAGUGAAAAUGACCUGGCAGCCUCCCUACAGAAGCUCAGUAAAAAGGCUGUGUGGGUCAUCCUGAUGGCUGGAGGAGGGCAUUUUGCUGGAGCAGUGUUUCAAGGGAGGGACAUUCUGCAGCACAAGACCUUCCAUCGGUAUACAGUUCGUGCGAAGCGUGGUACCGCACAGGGCCUGAGAGACUCCCAGAACCGCAGCCAUGCUCCCAAAUCUGCUGGCGCAGCCCUGCGCAGGUACAAUGAGGCCGCACUGCUGAAGGAUAUCCAGGAUCUGCUGGAGAGCUGGGCGAAUCACCUUAGUGAUGCCAAUGCCAUAUUCCUUCGUGCCCCCUCCUAUAACCGGGCCAUGUUCUUUGGGGGGCGCCCAGCCCCGCUGGAGAGGAACGACCAGCGCAUCCGCACACUGCCCUUUCCAACCCGUCGCCCCACCUUCCGCGAGGUCAAGAGGGUACAUGAGGCCCUCUCCACGUUACAUGUCUAUGGAAAAGACACUGAUAUUGCCAACAUCAUCAGUUCUCCAAAGAAGGUGUGGAAGAAGGCAUCGAAACCAUCACAAAAAGCCACUUCCGUACUGCAGAUAAAUGCAGCAGUGGAGGAGGAGGUGGAGAAGGACUGCUCUGGAGAGGAGAGCCCUGCAGUGGAGCUGGAGACAGUGGAGCUGAGCCUGAGCACGCUGGAGCUGAAGGAGUUCGAGAUCUGUCCACGCAAGAAGAGGCACAAGAAAAAGAAGAAGCAGGCUGCAGCAGCAACAGACUUGGUGUCUAGGGAGUCAGUUGAGCAGAGAGAGUAUUCCGAGAACCCAGAGCCAGCAGACGGCGUGGAGGGACCAGAGAGGUCCGUGGCAAAGCGGAAACCCAGGAGGAACAGGAAGGCUCAAGCUCAUUCUCCAGAGCAGGGCAUGGGCGCAGAAUACCCGGAGUACGGCCUGCGGGACUCCCUAUACACUGCCUGUAAGACUGGAGAUGUGGAGACCCUCCUGAGCCUCCUCCAGCCGCAGGGCCCAGGGAGGGAGGAUGGGACCUGUCCUUCUGUGGAGACGCAUGCUCCAGUGACCUCUGACCUGCUGAAUAGUGAGAUUGACCCCGCAGGAUUCACCCUGUUGCAUGUUGCAGCUGCAGCAGGGCACAGAGCUGUGAUCCGGCUCCUGCUGGAUGCUGGUAGCGACCCUGCAUGCAGAGACAAGAAAGGACAGACUCCGUACGCAGUGGCUGCUGAGAAGGAUACCAGGAAUGAAUUUCGCAAGUACAUGGCUGAGAACCCUAACAAAUACGAUUAUAUCAAAGCACAGGUCCCAGGACCACUGACGGCGGAGAUUGAAUCAAAAAAGAUGGAGAAGAAAAGGGCACAGAAAGCCGCAAAGAAGCAGCGGGAGAAGGAACAGAGAGAGGAGAGGAAGAAACAGGAAGUGGAAGAGGAAGAGAAGAGGAGAUACGCGGCACUCAGCGAUCGAGAGAAGAGAGCUGUGGCAGCAGAGAGAAGGUUGGCACACCAGAUGGCAACAAGUGGAGGCACAGUUUCUAAUGCAAGACGCUGUUGGCAAUGUGGGGAAUCACUCCAGGGAAAAAUCCCUUUUGAAUACUUGGACUUCUCCUUCUGCACCACACGCUGUCUGCAGGAGCACCGGAGGAGCCGAGCUCCCACUGCCAGGCCCUGAUGCAGCAGCUGCCUAGCCCCCCCCAGCCCCCCAGCCAGGACAAGGCCAAGAAGCUUGUCCUGACAGCUCACAUCUCCAAGACUUAGUCCUGACGGAGUCUGGACCACUGUAGGCCAAACCCAGCUUCAAAUCACUGAGCAGCAGCUAACGCUGGUGACAGGAAGAAGCUCUAUUAUCUCCAUGGUUGAGCUCAUUAACUACAAAUAGAAAUGAGCACUGAACAACCUGAUGCUGCACAUUUUUUGCAGAACUUAUAAGAAAUCCACUUUGAUCUAUUUUUCCAUCAGCAAUUUUGUCUUGCUGCUAACCAUUUUUUUUUCCAAUGCCCAUUUUAUGUUCACUAGUCAUCAGUGUAGAUUUGGCAAUUAUUUUAAUUAGCAUCAAAUGGAAGUUUGAGUUAAAUCUCAAUAACGCUGCAAGCUCAUAAUUAGAAUGUACAGGUGAUUGGCCAACACACUGCAAGAUCUUCUUUACCGCAAAAGUCUAUUGGAAGCUCCCGAUUCUUGUCAGAAUGUUUUUGUGAAUCUAUCUAUCACAAUCUAUCACAAGUGUUUUAAUCCAACUCCCCCGCAAUUGUGCGAAAGGGGAGUCUGGUUUUAAACAGGCAUGCUUGUAAUAUAAUUUAAAAAAGCUUCUAAACAUUUUAAAACAUUUUACUGAAAAUAAAGGAUUCUGCAGAAGUUA